UGGCGCCGCCCCCGGCGGGGAGCGGAGGCGGCGGCAGGGCAGCGGCGGGCAGGUGAGUGCGGUCGGGGUCGUCGCUUCUCCAGCCCGUUCCGCCCGCCGCGCAGUUCGCUCCGGCACCAUGACCGUCACCCGGCUCGACCAGGGGCAGCGCUACCGCCCGCGGAUGGCCUUCCUGAAAAAGAUCGAAGCACUCAUGAUGGAGAUGCAGAAUCCAGACAAGGGCAUCAAGACACAGACUCAGACAGUGAUGAUCACAGACAUCCCCCAUGCUGUGACAGGUAAUGAUAUACUGCAGUGGAUCCUUCAGCGCCUGCAGGUCACUCAGGAAGAGGCACUUCACCUGGGAGACCUGUUUGUCAAAUAUGGAUACAUCUACCCUCUCCAGGAGCCUAAGAACCUCACCCUUAAACCAGAUGGCAGCCUCUACAGGUUUCAAACCCCCUAUUUCUGGCCAGUGCAGAGCUUGCCUGCUGAUGACACAGACUAUGCCAUUUACCUAGCAAAGAAGAACAUUAAGAGGAAAGGGAUUUUGGAAGAAUAUGAGAAGGAACAUUACAACAUGCUCAAUCAAAAAAUAAACUACAAGUGGGAUUUUGUCAUUAUGCAGGCCAAAGAGCAGUAUAAGGCAGGGAAGGAGCGGAAGAAAGCGGACAGGUAUGCCCUGGACUGCCAGGAGAGAGCCUACUGGCUUGUCAACAGGACUCCUCCUGGCAUGCUGGACGUCCUGGAGUACGGAGUGGAUCGCGUAACGGACCCCAACGAAAGUAAGGUAAACCAGAAAAAAACAAUGGAUGUCUACAGGAGAGAGAUCAUGUACUAUCAGCAGUCCAUCAUGAAGUCCAGAGUGAAGUCUUCUGUCUCUCUUGGAGGGCUUGUCAAGUACUCUGAGCAGUUCCUCUCCAGUGAUCCUAUCCUGUCUGGAUGUCUCCCCAGCAACCCCUGGAUCACGGAUGACCCUGACUUCUGGGAUUUCAAUGCAAAGCUGGUGGAAAUCCCCACCAGGAUGCGGGUGGAGCGCUGGGCUUUCAACUUCAGCGAGCUGAUCCGGGACCCAAAGGGCAGGCAGAACUUCCAGCUCUUCCUGAAGAAGGAGUUCAGUGGAGAGAACCUGAGUUUCUGGGAAGCCUGUGAGGACCUCAAGUAUGGAGACCAAUCCAAGGUCAAAGAGAAAGCAGAAGAAAUUUACAAGCUCUUCCUGGCUCCAGGGGCAAGGCGCUGGAUUAACAUUGAUGGCACAACAAUGGGCAUCACUGUCAAAGGCCUCAAGCACCCUCAUCGUUAUGUUUUAGAUGCUGCUCAGACUCACAUUUACAUGCUGAUGAAAAAGGACUCCUAUGGCCGCUAUUUAAAGUCUCCAAUAUACAAGGAAAUGUUGGCCAAGGCUAUUGUGCCUCAAGAGACUGUCAAGAAAAGCUCCGGUUUGUUUGGACGCCGUCACCUCCGCUCCAGCCCCAGUCCCAUCAUCCUGAGGCAGCAGGAGGAAGAGGCCAAAGCUAAAGAAGCUGCCGCGACCGUGGACAUCACUCAGCCAUGCCACCGUGCCUCCCAGCCCCUUUGCCCUGCUGUGCAUGCUGGCACUGGUCCCCCAGCCCUGCCCCACAGCACUGCCUGCCCCUCGCCCAUCUCUGUGGCCCUAGACAGCACCGUGGGCACCGAGCAGGAGCCUGAGGGGCCCAGCCCUGGUCCCCUGCCCUCCAGCAGCAGGAGGCCCCCCGGGGCCACCCUCUCCUUCGGCCGCUUGCUCAAGAGGGGCUGCUGGACCUCGCCCAAGUGCCCAGCCAUGCCCCACGGGAAGGUGCAGCCGCUGGGUGAGCAGCAGCAGCAGCAGCUGCAGCAGCAGGACACCAAGGUGGUGAGCAGCUUCUUCCAAAUAAAACCCAAGGCUGCUGUGGAGAGCAGCAUCUGCCCUGUGGACUCUGAGGAGGGAGAGGAAAACCACCACCCAGCUCAGAAGGACUCUGCCAAGGAGGUGAUCUGCCCUUGGGAGGACCCUGUGGAAGAGGGGAGAGCUGGGUGAGCAGCAGCCUGGGCAUGGACAACCUCUUCCCAGGCUUGGGACCACAACGCUGGCCACCUGGGGGUCAGUGCCUUGCUGUUGGUGAAGUGUGUCAGAUCCUUCAGCAUAGAGGAGCUCAGACUACCACAGCUGCAACUAAACAGCCUCUGGGGUUCCUAUCCGUUUGUGAUCCAAGAGCCCAACGAUUUCUGGACUGAUUUUUCUCUCCUCCCUUUGGCAGAUUCUGAUCCAUUGCUUACAAACUUCUCGAUAAACGAGCCUGGUUUCUUGCCUUUUAGCAAGAGGAGCUGUGUACAGAGCUCCAUCCUGGGAAGUUCUCUCUUAUCUCAGUUGCUUGCUUGGCCAUGAGGUGUCAGCACAGCUGGAGCAGAGCUUCCAAGCGCUUUUCAGCUUCAGCACCGAGACUGAGGCGUGUUUGUGUCCUCAGCUUGGCUCCACCUCUCGUUACUCGUAAUGAUCGUUUCGUUUUAAAGCCAGUUCGUGAAGAGACAGCUGAUGGCUUGGGGAAAAGAAAGUGAGCCCCUCCCGAGGAGCUGUGUGCUGUAUGACAUCGCUUCAGCCCUUGAGCCAAACCAGCAGUGACCCCAAAGAGCAAGCAGUGAGGGAGAGCAAAGGCUCCGGGGCAAGGCAGCGCCAGCACCAAGGUCCCUGCAUUGCUUUAGGAGGUCCAAACCAAAGCCAUGUUUUGGUCCUCUCCAAGCUCAGACUGAUGUUGCCACAGCCUUUAGCAGUGCUGUUACCAGGAGUGUCAGAAUGUUGCAUUGCUUUAGGAGAUCCAAAGCCAGGUUUUGGUCCUCUCCAAGCUCAGACUGAUGUUGCCACAGCCUUUACCUGUGCCACAGCCUUUAGCUGUGCUGUUACCACGAGUGUCAGAAUGUUGCAUUGCUUUAGGAGAUCCAAAGCCAUGUUUUGGUCCUCUCCAAGCUCAGACUGAUGUUGCCACAGCCUUUACCUGUGCCACAGCCUUUAGCUGUGCUGUUACCAUGAGUGUCAGAAUGUUGCAUUGCUUUAGGAGAUCCAGAGCCAUGUUUUGGUCCUCUCCAAGCUCAGACUGAUGUUGCCACUGCCUUUACCUGUGCCACAGCCUUUAGCUGUGCUGUUACCAGGAGUGUCAGAAUGUUGCAUUGCUUUAGGAGAUCCAAAGCCAUGUUUUGGUCCUCUCUAAGCUCAGGCUGAUGUUGCCACAGCCUUUAGCUGUGCUGUUACCAGGAGUGUCAGAAUGUUGCAUUGCUUUAGGAGAUCCAAAGCCAUGUUUUGGUCCUCUCUAAGCUCAGGCUGAUGUUGCCACAGCCUUUACCUGUGCUGUUACCAGGAGUGUCAGAAGGUUGCAUUGCUUUAGGAGAUCCAAAGCCAUGUUUUGGUCCUCUCCAAGCUCAGACUGAUGUUGCCACAGCCUUUACCUGUGCUGUUACCAGGAGUGUCAGAAGGUUGCAUUGCUUUAGGAGAUCCAAAGCCAUGUUUUGGUCCUCUCCAAGCUCAGACUGAUGUUGCCACAGCCUUUAGCUGUGCUGUUACCAGGAGUGUCAGAAUGUUGCAUUGCUUUAGGAGAUCCAAAGCCAUGUUUUGGUCCCCUCCAAGCUCAGACUGAUGUUGCCACGGCCUUUAGCUGUGCUGUUACCAGGAGUGUCAGAAUGUUGCUUGCCUUACUUUGUGUCAGUGUCUGAAGAUGGUUUUCUUGUCCAGGCGUGGAGAGGUUUCCCUGAUGUGUGUGCUGUGGGUCCCUACUCUGUAGUUUGGCCUUUGGCUUCUGGGGUCACUCUUUUGUGUUUCUAAGCAGAGCUUUGCCUUUGUGGCUGCUGUGGUUCCCCAUAGUGAUUUCAGA